AUGCUCAACACUGCCGCCGAGCAACGUCCAGACUUGCUUGUCGUCGAGAAGAUGGCGAAUUUGGUCGUCGAGUUCGUCGGCUGCGACGACGUCGACGAUUUUCUCAUGAUGCAAUCGUGCUCGUCGGAGCCGUGCUCGCCCGACUCGGGAUUCUCGUCCGACGACGGAAACGUCGAGUUCAAUGAGAGAUUCAGUCGCUCGAAGACCCUUCCAUCGGCCCUUCGACGAUCGCGCUCGAAACAAUGCGAGAAGCGCGUGCGAUUCGCUGACUCACUCGGAUUGGACCUCGAGAAUCAUCAUUUCGUCGUCGAGGAGGACCUCAGUCAGACGUUUGACGACAUCCACAUCUCGUCGUUCAACAAUGGCGUCGUGAUGAGCAUCGGACAACCGCGACUCGUCCUCGCCAACUUCACCUAUAGAUCAGAGAAGGAGUACAAUGAUAAGACGCGAUCCGAUCGAGUAUGUGUGUCGGCACUCCGCGCCGCAGGUUCCAAUAUCGUCGGACAAGUCAAUUUGUUGAAUGUUGCCUUUGACAAGAAUGUUAUUAUACGCUACACUACUGAUGAUUGGAGCAGCCAGAAUGAGAUUCCAGCGGCUUAUAGUCAUCGAAUGUUCGCCACUGAUGAUAUUGACGCCUUCAAUUUCACUAUAGCGGUGCCCUUGAAAAUUAAGGCAGGUCGCUGCGAGUUUUGCGUCCAAUACACCGUCGGCGGCCAACAAUUCUGGGACAACAACGACGGUCAUAAUUAUGUCGUCGACAUUGCCGCCGGCGAGAAGCCGUCGCCGCGUCUCGGCGCGACGAGUCCGAUGAGCAAUCGCCGCAUGGGUAGUCAGCUUCCAGCAAUCCCAUGCCCGCGAUCGAGUCAACGUCGACAGCAGCGUCGUUGGGGAAAAUCUGUGGAUGAGUCGGACGACGAGUGCUGCGCCGUCGCGCAAUUCUACAUCCCCGGUCGGCGAAGUCCGCCGAGAAAAUGA